AUGGCUUCCAACAUGAGGUUAACACCUUUGGCUGACUUAAAGCCAUUCAAGACUGGAUGGAAGGUGCAUGUGAAGGUGCUUCACACUUGGAAGCAAUACCAGACUAAAAGUGGAGAGUCUUUGGAAAUCAUUCUCGCAGAAGAAAUGGGUACCAAAAUUCACGCUACUGUCAAGAAAAACAUGUUGCAUCAUUUUGAGCGGAUGAUGGUUGUCGGUGAAUGGAAGUUCAUCGAGAACUUUGCAUUGAACCAGGCGUCAGGUCAAUACCGGGCCACAAAGCAUCAAUUCAAGAUGUCUUUCAUUGCAUCCACCGUUGUCAGCAAAAGUGCUAAUCGAUCUGACAGUGAACGUCAAAUUACCAGUUCUUUCCAAACCUCUAAGGUGCUCAUAGAUCUUAACGAUUCAUAUGUCAUUGACUUCAAAAAUAGUUUACUUGCAAAUGGUGGAAAUAGUACUUUCUUGAGUAGCAAGCCACAUCAGAGGAUUUCUUAUGAUGAUGAGAGUAAUUUUGAUCAGCUUUCAAUGGUGACUAUUGCUGAACUGCAAGAUUAUCUGGAGAUUGGAAAAUGUAAAAUCAUGUGUACUGUAUAUGCGGUUGAUACAGAUUGGUCAUGGUUUUACUUGAUACAAGAUCCAAAUGUCGUUCCUGAUGCAUUGCAAAACUUGGUUGGGAAGAAUUUUCAGUUUCUAAUUUGUGUUGAGAAAAAAAGUCUCUAUGAUGGUAGUAAUACAUAUAAAGUCGGAAAGGUUUGGAAAGACAAUCAGGUUUUUACUACCACCGUUGAUGAGGUGAAUGAAUCUGAAGAUGGGGGUGAUCACAGUUUACUCAUGUCUGGUAAUCAGGCAUCACUGAUGAACACACAUAGCCAAGAGUCUUCGGAUGAUGUUACAGCUAAUAUCAAAACUCUUUUAUCAAAGCGUGAGCGAGAUGAUCCUAAAGAUUCAGUCGACUCAUCCUCGUCGUCUAAGAAGUCAUGUAAUAGUUUGAGUAGUGUGGAAACGACAUAUGCGAAUGAAGUGAUUGAUGAGGAUACACUGAAGAGUGAUAGUGUUUUAGUGAACACUCUUCUUACAAGUGAAUACAAUGAAAGUAUUGCAAAGGGAUGA